GAGCCAGGGAGAGGCAGAGAGUUGAGGAGACAGGGAAAAACGGAGAAAGAAGCAGGAAAAAGGCAAAGAAGGAAUCGGGGCACACAGGAAUUGGAACUCACUGGGUUUCCAGAGGUUAGGGGAACCCAGAUUCCUAUGUGGCCUCAGCCUUCCAGUUCUUCCUUAUUUCCCCCCCGGGGCUUUAGAGAUGAGGAGGAGACAGCAGUGGGGGGAAGGAGCUGGGGUGGGUGGUCCAGUCAGGGCCCUUCUCCCCAUCCUCCUGAGACAUCCCCCACCCACCUUCCCAGGAUGCAGCAAGAGGUGGAGACCCUGUGCUCCUCCACCGUGGGCAACCGCAGCAUGCACAGGGAGGCAGGAGCCCUCCUUGUGGACCUAGAGACCCCAGAGGAGACGCCAACCCGGAGCCUGGGCAGGCCUGUCAAAUCCUCAAAGCAGUACCUGCGCCAGGUCAUUGCAGAAUACGAGGCGCUGGACCGAGAGCUCCCGUGCAUCCGGAAGUUCCCCACACCACCCGCUGCCCAGCCUCUCUGUCUGUGCAUGGAGACCUCGCCAGAGGAGGACCUUACCCACCUAGAGGUGCUGGAGGCUCUGGAGGCCGAGUUACCCGGCGCCAUGGAGAGCGGGCGCGUGGGCAGCAUCCGCUUUGAAAAUAUGAAUGUCAUCUGUGGGACUGCGGGGCGCCGGGACAGGUGGCUCAUCACGGUCACUGACUUCCAGACUCGCUCGCGUCUGCUGCGCUCCGGUAUCCGCCUCCGCGGGAACGCUCACCCGCUGGUGCGCCACGACGAGCUGCUGUUGGCGGAUUACCGCCUGCACCUGCGCCGCUCCCUUGUCCGGCGGCGCAUGCUCGAGGCUCUAGGGGCGGAGCCGACCGAGGAAGACUAACAUUUAGAGGGCGGGCCGCGGCUGCGCAAGCCCACCGCCCCGCGGGCUCGGGCGACCCACCCGGAACCCCCG